AUGAAGCGCUUCAGCCAGAGAGUUCUCUCGCGUGGGAAAGAUUCAAGCAAGUCUUCUAAGAAGAACAAGGAUUCCAAGGAUGGUACCGCCUCUCCCUCAUCACGGGAUUCUAACCAGUCUCCCGUCCUGACGCCCACAUCCUCCACGUCGACCCUGAACGACCCCCGAAACAAGCCGCUGCCCCAAAACAAUGCUGGCCAUGGAAGCGAACACGGUAGCGCCUCGCAGCCCUCCAACCUCUCCAACGUCACUCAGGCCGGUAAUGCCCCUGACCGUUUCGGUUCCGGAGGUGCUUCGAGCCCCAACGGCGGCAACGCCAACUCCAGGUUGCCUCCGACUGUCAUCAUUAGCCCGACGCCUGGUCAUGUCCCUCCCCCAGGAGCCGCCGAGACGAUGCCUCACGACCUCGCUCCCCCCAAAGCUGGCCAGAAGUCGCUUCUGAUCCAUCGCGGAAUAGAUAACCGGGAUGCGAUUCCCGAGGGACUUCGGACCCCGAAAAGGCAGCACUCGUCACGAUUCGACAUUUCCGCCCACCGCGAGCUCGAGAAGCUGCCCGGUUUUCAUGAAGUCCCACCCAACCGACGACAGGAGCUCUUUAUGCAAAAGAUUGACCAGUGCAACGUCAUUUUCGACUUCAACGAUGCGAGCGGAGACAUGAAGUCCAAGGAGAUCAAGAGGCUUGCUCUGCACGAGCUGCUCGACUAUGUCGCUAACAACCGACAAGUCAUCACCGAGCCCAUGUAUCCCAAGGUUGUCGACAUGUUUGCCAAGAACCUGUUCCGCCCAAUCCCGCCCCCCAUGAACCCUCAGGGCGAGGCCUUUGAUCCAGAGGAGGAUGAGCCCGUUCUCGAGGUUGCCUGGCCGCAUAUCCAGGUUGUUUAUGAGUUUUUCCUGCGCUUCAUUGAGAGCCAGGAUUUCAACACCAACAUUGCCAAGGCCUAUAUCGACCACAGCUUCGUUCUGCAGCUUCUGGAGCUGUUUGACUCUGAGGAUCCUCGUGAACGAGAUUUUUUGAAGACCACCCUCCAUCGCAUUUAUGGAAAAUUCCUCAACCUGCGCUCCUUCAUUCGACGAUCCAUCAACAACGUCUUCUUCCAGUUCACCUAUGAAACCGAACGCUUCAAUGGUAUUGCUGAGCUGCUCGAGAUUCUUGGUUCCAUCAUCAACGGAUUCGCUCUCCCACUGAAGGAAGAGCACAAGAUCUUCCUGACACGGGUGCUGCUGCCCUUGCACAAGCCCAAGAGUCUCAGCAUGUAUCACCCUCAGCUUGCCUACUGUAUCGUGCAAUUCUUGGAGAAGGAUGCCUCGCUCACAGAAGAUGUGGUGCUUGGCUUGCUUCGCUACUGGCCCAAGGUAAACAGCACCAAGGAAGUCAUGUUCCUCAACGAGGUUGAGGACAUCUUUGAGGUGAUGGAUCCUGCCGAGUUUGCCAAGGUCCAGGAGCCUCUGUUCCAUCAGCUGGCCAAGUCGGUGGCCAGCCCCCAUUUCCAGGUUGCCGAGCGUGCGUUGUACUUCUGGAACAACGAAUAUUUCUGCAACCUUGUCAGUGACAAUGUGGAGAUUAUUCUUCCCAUUAUGUUUGCGCCCCUGUAUGAGAACUCCAAGGGACACUGGAACAGGACGAUCCAUGGCAUGGUCUACAAUGCCAUGAAACUCUUUAUGGAGAUUAACCCACAGCUGUUUGACGACUGCUCGCAUGAGUACACUGAGCAGCAGAACACUGCCGCGGCACGGGAAGCUCUGCGGGAGCGUAAAUGGGCUGCUCUGAGCGAGAAGGCGAACCAGCAAAGGGAAAGCAACGGAACCCCCGACGCGCCGCCAGCACGGAACCACGUCACACCGAUGUCACGCGUCGAUGAGGUUGACCCUGUCACCGAGGAUAACCAGAAGCGCCUCGAUUCGCUUAAGCUGCAAGACGGUUCAGCCAGCGGUCGCCGACCCAGUCUCCACGAGCGCCAGAAUUCUGUGGGAUCUACCCGGAGUCGAUAA